UAAGUAUUACAGUUUCAGGAAAAUAAUAUUUUUUUCUACGGAGAUGGAGAACAACCAGCAAUCCUUUUGGCAGUUCAGUGAUCAACUAAGAGUCCAAAAUUCAAACUUGGCUAAUCUUUCACUCAAUGAUUCCAUAUGGAGCAACGCUUAUCUUCCCAAGAGGCCUGAUGAACGGAGGAAUUUUGAUAUCAGAGUCGGCGGUGACGUUAAUUCCCUCACCAACUUGAAGCCAAAGGUCUCCGAUUUCAACUCUCUCAGUAACGAUGGGUGGAAGAUUGGAGCCACUAGCAACAACGGCAUCGGGUUCGGUCCGGUUGGAUCUCAGAAGAAUUUAGGAAUCAACGGAGGGUUCAAUAAAGGGAUUUAUUCAAAUCCAGUCAGCAACAAUAAUUUCAAUGUUAAUUUGAAGGCUAACAAGAAUAAAGGAGAGGAGAAUCAUGGAAGCAAAAAUGGGAAGAAGAAGAAGAACAAUAGCGACAACAAUAGCAACGAAAAUAAGGAUAAAGAUGGGAAGACUUCUGCUGAUAAGAGGUUUAAGACACUGCCACCAUCUGAGUCUUUGCCGAGGAAUGAAACUGUCGGCGGAUAUAUCUUUGUCUGCAACAACGAUACUAUGGAAGAUAAUCUCAGGAGACAGCUCUUUGGAUUGCCUCCACGUUACCGAGAUUCAGUCCGGGCAAUAACUCCGGGCCUGCCUCUGUUCCUCUACAACUAUUCCACCCACCAACUCCAUGGAGUUUUUGAGGCUGCAAGCUUUGGUGGAUCAAACAUCGACCCAACUGCCUGGGAGGACAAGAAAUGCGCCGGCGAAUCAAGAUUCCCUGCUCAGGUUCGUGUUAUUACAAGAAAGAUCUGCCAGCCACUUGAAGAAGACUCAUUUAGGCCAAUUCUCCAUCACUACGAUGGUCCAAAGUUCCGGCUUGAACUCAACAUUCCGGAGGCACUUUCCCUGUUGGAUAUAUUUGCUGAGCAAGGUGCUAGCUUGGGUUCUGAUUUUAAUUUCUGAGCAAGAUACUUGAGCAAACUUGAUACUAGGAAUACGUAUACACGUACACGAAGAUAAGAGAAAGA